GAAGUUUUAUUACCCAUGCGAAUAGUUUUUGUAUUUUUUUCUGUGAAUUGAUUGUUAUUAAUCCAGUCAAGUAAUUAGUGAUAAUAUGGUGGAUAUUUCUAAAAAUAAGAAAUAUAAAUGGCUCAAAGUACAGGUGGAACUUCUUCUCGACGUAUAAUCCGAGACCAUGAAACAUCAUCAAUUUCAUCAAGAUAUGCAGAUACAGAAUGGGAAGCAAAAGAAGCUCUACGACAACGUGAGCUAGAAGAAGCAAGGGCUAGAGCUGCACAAAUGGAGAAAACUAUGAGAUGGUGGUCUGAUUGUACAGCAAACUGGAGAGAAAAGUGGAGUAAAGUUCGUAAUGAGAGAAAUAAAGCAAGAGAAGAAGCAAAACUUUUACGGACGAAAUUAGAAGCUGCUUUAAAAGAUGGUAAUUGUUAUAUCAGAGAAAAACAAGAAAUGGAGUUUCAAAAUGAGCAAUUAAAAAAAGAAAUUGAAAAGAUACAUUUACUUUUAUUAAAACAUGCUGGACAGUUUGAAAGUCAAAUAUUAGAAGCUUUAGGAGAUGAUCCUUUGAAAGACUUUAAUUUCAGUAUUAAUCAUGAGCAAACCACUGUUAAAGAAAAAGAGAUUCAAGAUAGUUCUAAUAUUACAACACAGCAGGAAUGUGAUAGUACAGCUACAUCUCUAUUAUGUAUAGAGAAAGAUUCAUGUAUAGAAGAGUAUAUUUUACAAGGAGCAGUGCCUAAAUAUAUUUCUGAGCCCAAAGAAGAUGAAGUUACUGAUUUUGAUAAUUUGCCUAAUAAAGCAUGUGACGAGAAAGAUGAUAAUGAGGAAGAUUGUUGGUCUCAAAAAGUUUCUAUGCUACAACUUAAGUUAGAAGAAACCACUAAAACUUUACAGGUAGAAAGAGAAGAAAAAUCACAACUCCUUCGAAAUGUAGAAAAAUUAUCAAAUGAAUUGCAAGAAAUGAAAGAAAAAUGCGAAGAAUUGAGACAGUCUAGACAAGAUGCCGUCAGAGAAUUGUUAUCUCUUCAGGAUCAGCAUCAAGAAGAAAUUAUAUUAAUUAAAGCAGAUCUACAAGAAGAAGCAGCAUCACGAGGAGGAAUGGAUAGAAGGAUAAAUGAUUUAAGAUCUGAGGUAAGUAUUUGACAAUUUAUUGUUUCAUCAA